AUAGUUGGAGUUUCUCCUCCCCCCACCAGACACGGAGUUAUCUAUCAGAACUCCGAGACGCUGGACUAAGUUUAUCGUAUUUAGAAAUCCAUAGGCUGCAGGUACAAAUAAAAAACAUCUAAUAAAUGCAUGAAGUUAAACGGGGACAGUGGGGACGGGUCGCCUAAUGGAGAUCCUGCAGUCCGGGGGCCCGCAGCGGAUCGCGCUUGUGGACGUGACUCCCCAUCAGGAUGGAUCAAUGCCUGAGUGUCUCUUUCAUUUGACUCUUUCUCUCUCCGUCCUCUGCACUCGCUAGCGGUAUAUCUGGGGAGGGGAGGGGGCACAUCCAGACGCCGGUUAGGUCCUCUUCAUCUGGGUCGCUCUGGGCCAGGUGCUGGAUAUGCCAUAGCAGGACUGACUUGGGAUCGGACGGCCGGGUUUGAAGCGGACUCGGAUGUCUAAAAGCUGAAAAAAAUCCACCUUCCCCCCAACUGUCCCUUUCUGCGUUUUGCCAAGCUUAUAGCUCUGCUUAAGCGGCCUUAAAACACAAAAUGUCGACCAGAACGCCAUUGCCCACUGUGAAUGAGCGCGAUACGGAAAAUCACACAUCCGUGGACGGCUACCACGAGCCUCCCGGUCCACCGUCCAAGUCCAGCAGCCGGCAGAGUCUGCCCCGCUGCCGCAACUCCAUCACUUUCGCGACGGAUGAGCAGCCGCAUGUAGGCGCCUACCGGCUACUCAAGACCAUCGGCAAGGGCAACUUCGCCAAGGUCAAGUUGGCGCGCCACGUACUGACCGGCCGCGAGGUGGCGGUAAAAAUAAUAGAUAAAACGCAACUCAACCCCACUAGUCUACAAAAGCUGUUCCGAGAAGUAAGAAUAAUGAAGAUGCUGAAUCAUCCUAAUAUAGUCAAAUUAUUUGAAGUUAUUGAGACUGAGAAGGCACUGUACCUCAUAAUGGAGUAUGCCAGUGGAGGGGAGGUGUUCGAUUAUUUGGUUGCUCAUGGCAGAAUGAAGGAGAAAGAGGCCAGAGCCAAGUUCCGCCAGAUAGUGUCGGCUGUGGAGUACUGCCAUCAGAAGAGGAUCGUGCACAGGGACCUCAAGGCGGAGAACCUGCUGCUGGACGCCGACAUGAACAUCAAGAUCGCCGACUUUGGCUUCAGCAACGAGUUCACAGUGGGCAGCAAGCUGGACACCUUCUGUGGCAGCCCCCCCUACGCCGCACCUGAGCUCUUCCAAGGCAAGAAGUACGAUGGUCCUGAGGUGGACGUCUGGAGCCUGGGAGUCAUCCUCUACACGCUGGUCAGCGGCUCGCUGCCCUUCGAUGGGCAGAACCUCAAGGAACUGCGGGAGCGCGUGCUGCGAGGGAAAUACCGCAUCCCCUUCUACAUGUCAACUGACUGCGAGAACCUACUCAAGAAGCUGCUGGUCCUGAACCCCUGCAAACGGGGCAGCCUGGAGCAAAUAAUGAAAGAGUGCUGGAUGAACGUGGGCCACGAAGAGGAGGAGCUGAAGCCUUACGCUGAACCUGAGCCGGAUUUCGAGGACAGCCAGAGGAUAGAUCUCAUGGUUACCAUGGGGUUCCUGAAAGAUGAAAUUACAGAGUCCUUGGUGGGUCAGAAGUACGAUGAGGUCAUGGCCACCUACCUUUUACUGGGUAGGAAACAACCAGAGUUAGAGGGGAGCGACUCCCUCUCCAGCAGCAACCUGUGUCAAAGGUCGCGACCCAACAGUGACCUGAACAACAGCUCCACGCAUUCCCCGGCUCACUCCAAAGUACAGCGCAGCAUUUCGGCCAAUCAGAAGCAGCGGCGCUUCAGCGAUCACGUGGCCCCCAGCAUCCCCCCGACGGUCUCCUACACCAAGCGAGGCCAGGCCAACAGCGUGGAGAGUGAGAAAAAGGAGGGCUGGGAUGCCAGCCACAAGUUGGGUGCCUCCAGCUCCAAGGGCGACGUGCCAACGUCCCCCCUGGUUGUGCAGGAGAGGAAGAAGUCGGCGACGGGGCAAGGGAGCAGCGCGGCCCUGGGCGGGGCCAUGACCCGCAGGAACACGUACGUGUGCGAGCGUUCCAGCACGGAGCGGCACUCCGGCAUCCACAACGGCAAGGACAGCAGCCUGACGGAGAUGCCUGUCAGCUCCUCCCCGCCCUUCUCCGGAGCGCCCUCUAGCGUGACCUCAACCCGACCUCGUCACUCCAAGCCAGUGUCCACUCCUGGGCACCCAGGCAAAGGUGCACUUCCUCCUAUCGAGGACAACAGUGAGUACAGGCCGAGCUCUGCCCCCCGCCCCCCGGCCGCCUCCCCCUCGGACCACAGCAUCAGCAACAGCAGCACGCCCGAGCAGAGCCGCUUCCCGCGUGGCACCUCCAGUCGCAGCACCUUCCACGGGGGACAGCUGCGGGACCGACAUGGCGCCGCCUACAACGGCCCCCCCGCCUCACCCACGCUGUCACACGAUGCCGCCGCCCUGGCGCAGGCCCGCCGUGGCACCUCCAGCGGCAUCAUCGGCAAGAUCACCGCCCGCUUCGUCCGCAGGGUUCCCAGUGAAGGAGAGGCCAGUGCUAAGACAGACGCCACAAGGAGCACCUCUGGAGAAACGAGGGAGUACAGGGAGGAGAGCCGGGAGUCGAAGCCUCGCUCGCUACGCUUCACUUGGAGUAUGAAGACCACCAGCUCCAUGGACCCCAACGACAUGAUGCGCGAGAUCCGCAAGGUGCUGGACGCCAACAACUGCGACUUUGAGCAGCGCGAGCGCUUCCUUCUCUUCUGCGUCCACGGCGACGCCCGCCAGGACAACCUGGUCCAAUGGGAGAUGGAGGUGUGCAAGCUGCCCCGCCUCUCGCUCAACGGCGUGCGCUUCAAGCGGAUAUCGGGCACCUCCAUCGCCUUCAAGAACAUAGCGUCCAAAAUCGCCAACGAGUUGAAGCUGUGAAAAUGACGUUAUCCAGAAAACACGGAGACAAACGGGGCCACGGGAUGCUUCUUUUACCAAUGGGAUCAGGGUUUAGUCUCGAUUUUUCUGCACAGUGUUUAACAUAGAGAAUGUAUGGAUAUUUCGUUCUGUGCCGUGAUUGGCUGGCCAGUGGCAGGAAAAAGCAGAGGAAUGGUGCCUCUCUUUCAACCCCGCCCUACCCAUAUCCCCUUCCCCGUGUCAAUAAUGCAACUUAUCUGGUUAUAACCAACCUUCCAAUCUGCAAUAAGCCUACAAUUUUCUUAUUAAUGACUUGCAAAACUAUUUAUGCUGAACAAAUGAAAAAAGGAGAAAUGUUUUUUCCACAUGUACAGGUAAAUAUUUAGAAUGUUCUCAAGACUUCUGUUGAUAUAGUUGUAUAUUACGAGAAUCCUCUAACAUCUACCAGUGUUGUAUAGGUGUAUUAAUUUCUGUACAGAAAAGUAGUCUAACGUUGCAUAUUGUAUUUGAGUUUGCCCCUUUUUUCAUUAUCGAUGUCUGUUUACUUGCACUCUGUGAAGUUGUUUUUAAUUUCCUUUUUUUUAAGAAUAAAUGUUUAAAACUUAUUUUUGCUUUCAACAAUACGGACAUUGUCACAUUUGCUUUCUAUUUUGUAUGAAACCAGAGCGUGGUCUUAAAGUUAGAGAAAAAGAGAAAUGCCGUAUCCAAAUAUAUUGAAAACCAGGCAGAAUGCAUCACAAAGCCCUGUACACUUAACUUUCUCUUAUUUUAUAUUUUCCGUUGUGUGUGUUGGCUAAAGAAAGAAAUAUAGCCUCUCAGAAUUACUUCAACAGCUGUAUAGGUUUAAAAACCACAAACGCAUUAAUUUAUUCAUUGUGAGAAUUGGUGGAAGGGGCAUUAUAAUGGCUUAGCCGCUGAGAAUUAUGGGAAAACGUUACAGCUAUUACUGUGGAGCCCUAAUUGUGUCUGGCUUUCCCUGAAAUACUGCCCUCAUAGUCUUUCUCUGCUGGCUUUUUUUUGCAAGGUUCCCUGAAUUGUUUUCCCGUCAAUCGCGUUGAAAUAUUUAGGAGAUUGAUUGUAUUUAUUCCACCAAAUCUUGCCCGUGAUGUGCCGCUUUGUAACCUGAAGGCGAUUACCUUUUGAGCUUUGCCUUUAUAAUUUCUUUUUCCCAAUUGUGAAAAUUACAGCUGAACCACUAGUGCUGGUACAUUUGUACUUAUUAUUUUGUACUACAUUAACCAGUAGGUUAAUUGUGCAAUGGCUAUUCUAUGUUGUACUGCUGUGAGGAUGCCAUACAGUCCCUUCUUGUAGAUUCUUGUAAUACUGAGGAAAACCUUGACAUGUUUUUAUUCUUUUCAUUUUCAUAUGCAUAACAGUUAAAAUUUUUUGGCACCGUGAUCAUCUCUGGAAGCAUUUUAUCGGGAAGCUUUCGCCUGUGCUGCCUUCCCCCAGUGGCAUUAUGGGAUACCACAGAGGACCGCGUAUGCAGUGUCAGGGUGUGUAGUCCCUUGUUCUGAUGGCAGCUGAUUGGACGCUCAUUUCGUUGCCUUAGCAGGAUUAUGAGACUCAGAAUGAAAGGGAGGUUUCAGAAAAUGUGACCACUCCCCCCCCCAACUCCCUGCAAUGUUCUCUGAUGCGAGUCAUCUGGGUUCUCUCCAGUGCACAAUAUUAAAACUUACUUGAAAGGAA